UGUUUUGCUCCAGAUACUAAGCUUCCUAAAGACUGGUUUAGGAACCAAAGCACACAAGAACUUUUGAGCGAAGCACAGCGAGACAUACUUUUUUCUGAAAACAGUGAAGAACAGCGAGUAGGUAAAAAAACCCAGUCGCCAAAACUCUAUGAAAAUCGUGAAAAAUUGCCAAAUGGUUUGAGAGGAUAUUAUGUACAUAGACUUCUUGUAAAUGCUGUUGCAAUGUGGGCUUCGCCUCGUUAUGCAUGGCAUGUUUACAGACUUCUUGACGAAAUUCAUAGACAAGAACGUGAAGAGCUAGAGAACAAGCUUGAAGCAAAAGACAAAAGCAUUCAGAAAAGAAUACCACGUUCGGUACCAAAAGGAAAGGAAAAGAACUAUAAGUAUAUGAUUUAUACUGAAGAGAUGGAAAAUGAAGAAGACAGAGAUAUGGUUAUGUUGCAUUUAGUCAGAAGAAACAACAAAAGCUUUUACGACCUUGCUAAGAUUUACAAAUCUGACAGAAAUUGGUUCUAUCGCGAAAACUUACCGAUUUCAAUGACACCGAAUGAAGAUGUGAAACAAAUAGUUCAAGAUACGUUACCUCAAACACACUAUGAUAUGAAAGGUUGUACAAUACUUACCUUCAAAGAAGAUUUGCCAUUGUUAAAGGAAAAAAUAACAGAGUAUUUUGACAACUUCAAACAAGUAGAGUAA